AUGCCAAAUCGACGUGCAAGUCCAAUCAAGAUAAUAUGGCCGAAUGGACAGGCACGACAAGUUUUAGGAGAUUUUGGAGUCUCAGAGUUAUCGAAACUACAGGGAGGAAAGGAAGAUCGAAGGAAAGGAAAGGUUCAUAGGAUAGAAUUAUGGGACGCCGCUCAUAAGAAAAAGAAUGGGAGAUACAACACCAACAAAGUGAAGUUAGUAAUGAAAAGAGAAGAGCAGAACAAUGGUAAUCUUUCAGCUAAUGAUUUUAAUGAGGUGUUCAAUGAGAUUGUUGCUAAACAAUUAAAAGCACGUGGGUACUACGAUGAUAAGUACUGGAGUCAAGUGCAAGUUUCUAAAGGUAUUACUUUUGUUACUGAAACUGAAGAAGAAAGAAGGUACCGUGACAAAGUUGUUCAUACCGAAAUAGAUGGUCAUACUGAUGAUGAGCAGGAUUGUAGUGAUGAUAGUAUUCAUGGCACAUAUAGUGAUAAUAAUAUUGACAUGAACCCUAAAGACCCAGAAGAUAAUGUGUACUCUCCAGAAAAUUCUGUUCAGGAGCCACAGAACCAGAAUUAUAGUCAAGUCAACAAGGAUUGCGUGCGCUCAUCGUUAACACGUGAGUCAAUGGUUGCAAAGGUGGCACAUAUUGACAAUCAAGGUCAAGCAGAUAAGGGUUCUAAAGGCCUAACUUUUCCACGUGCUAGCAUAAUGACCAACAUAAGAUCUCAAAGAAUUAUUGCUCCAGCUUGUAAUCAAUCCGGAUCGAGCCAACUGGAAGUUUAUCUUAUUUCACUAAGAAACCAUUAUAAAGUCGUGGCCAAAGGAAAGUUAGUGACUAGUGACAGCACUCAAAGCAUUGCUGGGACUGUGCUUGGAAAAGAAUUUGUUGGGGUUUAUGUUGAUGCCCUUGGCGAUGGAAACAGUGGAGAUGAGAUGUUACCUAGACAGUUCCAUUCUAUCAAAACUAUGAAUGAUGCUAUUGGCUUUGUUGUUGCUUGGCCUAGUUCGCAUCAUGAUGGAAACAUGUAA